AUGUCCCGGCCACGGCAAAGCCGGGCUCUCAUCAUCGUCAACACCGAUUUCUGCAGCAGUGAUGGCGAUGUGGGGCUCAGGCCCCGCAGAGGAGCCAGGAGAGAAGCUGAGAAGCUCUCUUGUGUGCUGGCGCAGCUCAGCUACAGGGUGAAGCUGUUGCACAACAGGACAGCCAAGGAGAUGGAGGAUCUCUACCAGCAAGAGUGCGGCCGUGAGCACGGGGAUUACUUCGUGAGCAUCAUCUCCAGCCAUGGGGAGGAGGGGGCUGUGUUGGGCUGUGACUGCAGACCGCUCCGGCUCACCCGCAUCUUCCACAUCUUGUCGGCACAGAACUGCCCAGUGCUCGCGGAGAGACCCAAAGUCUUCUUCAUCCAGGCAUGUCGGGGGGCUGCGCUGGACCAGGGGGUGUUUGUGGAGACUGACAGCGGGCAGCCAGAGCCGGGCAGCUUCUCUGAGUAUCUGCACAUCCCCCCUAACACCGCUGUGAUGUUCGCCUGCAGCCCUGGCUACGGGGCCUUCCUGAACCCUGCGGGAUCCAUGUUCCUGCAGGCCCUGCUGGCAGCGCUGGCCGGGGAGGAGCGCAGCCUGGCCCUGAGCCGCAUGGCCACCCGCCUCAACGCGGCCGUAGCCCUGGGCUGCCAGGCCCGGGGUGCCUACGAGGGCUGCAAGCAGAUGCCCUGCUUCGUCACCAACCUGCCGCGGGACGUCUUCCCCUUCGCGGCGGCAGGUGAAGCCCUUCCCAGCACAGACACACAGGGAGGGAUGGAGGAGGAGGAGGAGGAGCGGCAGAAGCCUGCAGCCUCUUAGGGGGAAAUGGAGAAACACAACAGAAACCACGGCAGAAAGGUGCCCUGGGGCUGCCCAGGGUACGAGGAAAUUCUAGGGUGCGUCGUUUCCCCAUCACGACGUACUGGGAUGGAUGUCGCCCUGCGGCCCCAUGGCAGCCCAAGCGGUGGCUAUGCGGUGCUCCAGCCCACACACUCACUUAUCCCCUCCAUCUC